UUCCAAGUCGGACAUGUUACGGUGGAACUACUGUGAUUGCCGGAUACAGCAGAAGUUGUUCAUUGGGCUUAUUUGCGAUCUCAAAGCGGCAAGUUGAACUCUCACCGUGGGGGGUUUAUUUUAGACACUUUACGGUCGUUCGCUGUCGAAUCCCAACUCUUCGUGACCCGUCGGCGAAACAUGAGUCUUGUGGAUUAUGCUACUUGCUAACUGUUAGCUGAGCCGCUAACAACUCUUGACAGCAGUCCCAUUCAAUGUACAUGUGUCGACCAACAAACGCUCACCCGGGAUUCAGGAGUCACUGAGAAGUCAUCCCUAGCAUACAGCAUGGAGCUGCAGGCGGUGAUGAUGGCGGCCGGCGGGGGCUCACGGAUGACGGACCUGACGUACAACACCCCCAAAGCGAUGCUUCCCGUUGGCAACAGGCCUCUGAUAUGGUACCCUCUAAACCUGCUGGAGAGGGUCGGCUUUGAAGAGGUGAUCGUGAUUACCACCAAGGAGGUCCAGAAGAUGAUGAGCACCGACCUCAAACUGAAGAUGGACGUGAAGAUGAAACUGGACUUCGUUUGCAUCCCGGAAGAUGAAGACAUGGGCACGGCCGACGCACUCCGACACAUCCAGCCGAAGAUCAAGACGGACAUCCUGGUGUUGAGUUGUGACGUGAUAACAGACGUGGCGCUUCACGAGGUGGUGGAUCUGUUCAGGGCCCAUGAUGCAACAUUGGCAAUGCUGAUGAGCAAAGCCCACGAAUUCACAGAGACUGUUCCGGGCCAAAAGGGCAAGAAAAAAGCAGCCGAGCAGCGAGAUUUUGUAGGCGUGGACCAGUCAGGCAAGAGGGUCUUGUUUAUGGCCAAUGAAGUGGAUUUGGAGGACGGGCUAUCGAUUAGGAAGUCCAUCUUGAACAAACAUCCAAGGAUGCUCAUCAAAACAGGCCUUGUGGACGCCCACCUUUAUUGCAUGAAAAAAGCAGUGGUGGACUUUCUAACAGACAACAAAUCCAUUUCAUCAGUCCGUGGCGAGCUCGUGCCAUAUUUGGUGCGCAAGCAGUUUUCCAAGGCAAGGAGCAGUCCAAAACCAAAAGAUGACACUGAUGAGCAGAGCCAGACGAAGAGUGACAACUCUCCAAACAACGAGCUUCUCAUCUCAUCACGGGACGAUCGUCUCCUCCAGCUGGCCCAGGAGCGCUCCUGCUGGAACGACCAUCACGGGGACAUGAGCGAGGCAUACCACGGCGGUAAGCUCCGUUGCUACGUGCACAUCAUGGACCAGGGCCUCUGCUACCGCGUCAACACAAUCGCGGCCUACAUCGAGGCGAACCGCCUGGUUCCCAAGCUUUUGUUUGAAGAGCCAGCAGUCCACCCUUCUGCCGUCAUUUCGGAGCGAUGUCAGAUGGGAUCGGACAGCAUGAUCGGGGCACUGUGUCACAUCGCCGAUAAGACUUCAAUAAAGAGGUCCACUAUUGGAAGCUCGACCACCGUGAAGGAGAAAGUCAGAGUGACCAACUCCAUCAUCAUGCACGGGGUCACCGUAGAAGAGGGGUGCAACAUCCAGGGCAGUGUGAUCUGCAGCAAUGCCGUCAUUGGCCGAGGCUCGGAUCUCAAAUAUUGUCUGGUGGGAUGCGGACAGCGGAUCGAAGACGCGGCUGAGAGGACCAAUGAGGUCAUCGUCGGCACAGACCAGCUGAUGGAGAUCUAAGUGACCUCACCUGACCGUCACAACCUGGAAACCGGUGACACACUUUACACAACCUUUGUAAAUUUGUGUUUCAAUAAAACCUCAAAUCCAC